AUGACCCAAGAUACCAAACAAUUAUACAUCGACGCUGGUCAAGAACACUUGUUCCGCCAUUGGGACAUUCUCACCGAUGAUGAGAAAACCACUUUAUUAUCCAACUUGGCUGUCGUGGCCGAGAGAAACCCUCCUGCCAAACUAAUUGAGAGUUGUCAAGAAGCAAUUCGUCGUGCUACUACAGCUGGGUCGUCAUCUACCAUCGAACCUUUGCCGGCAGCUUCAUACCAAUCCAUCAUUAAUGCGCCACUGGUGGAGAGUGAAUAUCGUCAAUUGGGGCUUGAUGCCAUAAAGAACGGUGAAGUCGCAGUAAUACUAAUGGCUGGUGGACAAGGGACCCGUCUAGGUUCCGCAUUACCAAAGGGAUGCUAUAACAUUGACUUGCCCUCUCAAAAGUCACUUUUCCAAAUUCAAGCUGAAAAAAUAUUACGUUUACAGGCAUUAACUGGAUCAAAGUUCGAUAUUCCAUGGUAUGUAAUGACAUCUGCAGCUACAAGUGAUAGUACUAGAGAGUUUUUCUCCAAGAAUCUUUGGUUUGGUUUGAAGCAUUCUCAAAUUAAGUUCUUCAAUCAAGGGACUUUGCCCGCAUUGGAUUCCACAGGUCGUCACAUGUUGCUAAAGAAUAGAGUUUCCCUGGUGGAAUCUCCUGAUGGGAAUGGUGGGCUAUAUCAAGCCAUUAAAGAUAAUAAGUUAUUGGAAGAAUUUGAAAAUCGUGGUAUAAAGCAUCUUUACAUGUAUUGUGUGGAUAAUGUCUUGGCUAAAGUGGCAGAUCCAAUCCUUAUUGGGUUUGCCAUCAAGCAUGGGUUCCAAUUGGCAACUAAGGCGGUUAGAAAGACUAAUCCUCAUGAGCCAGUUGGUUUAAUUGCUAUGAAGGGUGGGAAUAAACCUUGUGUCAUUGAAUAUUCUGAAAUAUCUAAUGAAUUAGCUGAAGCCAUGGAUGAACAAGAUGACACCUUGUUAAGAUUAAGAGCAGGGAAUAUUGUGAACCAUUAUUAUUCCGUUGAAUUACUCAGAGAAGAUUUAGAAAAGUGGUGUAACGAAAUGCCAUACCAUGUUGCUAAGAAGAAAAUUCCAUAUUAUGAUAAUACUGCAGAUAAGUUCAUCCCCGUGGAUUCACCAAAUGGGAUCAAAUUAGAACAAUUUAUCUUUGAUGUGUUUCCUGACGUUCCCUUGGAAAAAUUUGGAUGUUUGGAAGUCGAUAGAUCCAAGGAAUUUGCACCAUUGAAAAAUGGACCUGGUUCCAAGACUGACAAUCCAGAAACAAGUAAAUUAGCAUAUUUGAGUCUCGGGACAUCAUGGCUGGAGAAUGCAGGCGCAAAAGUUUUACCAGGUGUUCUUGUAGAGGUGUCGAGUCGAUUAAGUUACGAAGGUGAAAAUUUGUCACAAUUUAAGGGUAAGGUUUUUAACGAAAAGAACAUUGUCCUAGAGUAA